UGGAAAGUCUCGCCGAAAAAGAUAUGAUUGCCUGCCCGUACAACAAGGAGCAUGUGAUGCUGCGCAGAAAAUAUCAGCAACAUAUUUUAAAAUGUCGUGAGAUCCACAAAGACACGGUGCAACUUCUUGUGUGUCCCUUCAACAAUGCACAUCUCGUACCAGAGCCAGAGUUUCAUCAACAUUGCAAAUCUUGUGAGGAUCGCAAAAUAAUUGUGCAAUAUCAAACCAGCGAACCGGCUGUACUGCACGCUGACACAAGACAUGAGAAAAUUGAAGCGGACGAGAAUUGGGACGAUGAUGAGGUGGAGGACUACAAUCCGCAGGUAUAUUGCGCUCAAGCAAAUAUAGUACGCGAACCGAUCGGAAUGUUCCCGUCCGAGCGCAAGGCAUUCAUUAAAGAGGAGGAACGUCGUCGUCGCGGCGAUAACUAUGAUGAAGAAGAGCAGGGCAAGUCCAAGUCCCGGGCUGAAAGUCGUCACACGCCGUACAAUCCCAAUCAGCAGCGUUCGAAACGCUCUUCUAAAUGAAGCGAGUCGUUUUUGUUUUCUUACUUAUGUAUUUAAUCUCAAAAGCAUGUACAUAUUUGAUUUAGAAAAUCAAAUCGCCAUCGGAGGAAUUUUCCUCCUGCUCUCAGGCAUUUGGAUUAGUGAAAAGAUGAGAUAGCGAAGUACCUCGAAUAAAAAGAAAUGCCUUACCUUAA